GCAAUGCCUAUUUUCCUUGCGGGUACCGUAUCCCAAGAUCGUACCUCCGCCAACAUGAACUAAUUGACUUUUUCCUUACACACUUCCUACGUACUGCCUCACUGUCGUCGUUCAUUACACAUUACAUAUUACGUUACCACAGUAUACAAAAACUAUACUUUCCAGUUCUUCUUCGUCCCCCAGACUUUUUUCUUCACUGUACAUAUCGACUUCGAGAGUUAUCAUAAUAAAAUUUGAGACUCAGACGAAUCGGUAUACUAAUAAUACCUAAUUCCAUUCGUUCACGUUCAUCCAAACCGUACAUACCUAUCAACAUCCUCGACCCUUCCGAAGCAACCAUUAACCCCCUAUCGCUUACACCAGCAAGCGCCUGGCCUACAAGUCGACCCAAUCAUCCUUACUCCCCGCAAUAUUUUCUCGACAAUCACUCGACAAACGUCACUUUCCACUCAGGGGGGGAAAUCCAGAGAGAAAAAAAAAGUUUACGCCUGGUCCAAGCAAAAUAGCAUGUCGUCGCCGUUGAAGAAGCAGCCUGAGGCUGUAGCAGAUAAAGUUCUCAAGCGAGUGGAAGUUAGCAAGAUCGCCCGAAGAUUACAGGGUCGGUUGGCUCUAGCACAGUUUAAGACGAAGCACGGAUGGGAGGACUUGACACUCGAUACGAUCGAGCCCAAAAUCGAAGAGGAGAUUCGACGUAGACGCCUCGUCGACGGCGAUGUACUCUCCGACUCCUCGUCCAGCACAUCGGAACUGCCUUACCCUAGCAGCAGAACUACCCUCAUGAGCUCCCCGCUCAAAGCCCCUCUCUUUUCAGAUGCCAUUGGAUCCAGCAACGGCAGCACUGGUCAUCGAAAACGCACAUACAACAUGGCUUCGUUUGAUAUAACCAUGUCGAGUCCAACCAAGCGAUUUCGUACCUCGCCUACCGCAUACAAAUCUUUCGAGUCCCCACAUAGAUCAUGGAAAGCACAUCGUCAACUAACCCAGUCUUCUCCUAUCAAGCCACGAAGGCAACAGCACUUUACAACUUCUACGGGGCCUGAUGUGUCGUUUUUCCAGGGCUCCCGCCGCCCCUCAGUGGAUUUUACUGCACAAAAUUUUGCUGCACAUUCAGACGAUGACGACGACUUAUUACCCACACAUUCAUUUAUGGUUAACCACGGCCAUGUCCAUGGCCAUGACCACAAUCGGACAUCGCCCCCUCGAACACCGCCUAUGCGUAGUAGAUCGAUAAAUCGCCGAAAUAAGGAUAGGGGUAUGGGAAACGGUGAGAAGCCGGAAGAAGGCGCAGAUCUGUUGCUAUAUCUGGCAGCAUCUCCCUCACCGGCAGUACAUUCGACGAAGACUCGAAUGGAGCCUCCCUCUACGCCACCUCAGAAGAAAGACCUCGCAUUGCCGUCUUCGAUGAUGACAACCCCUGGAGGUGGUACGCUCUUCCCCACAACACCAGGCCAACCCUUUGACAUGUCAGAUUUUGUCAAUAUCACACCCAGCCCUGCGCAGAAGCCGUGGAAGACACCGCUGUCGCUUAAGACGCCUACGGCGAAGACGCCACUAAGCGGGGCAAGACGACGAUUAACGUUUGAUGACCCAGCACUUGGGCUAUAAAGCUGCCUCAGCUAGAUAUGCCUAAUCACUUGCAAUUUACGUCGGGAUAAAUAUGUACCUACGAACGACGCUACAUUCCCUUUUUCACUUCUACAUCUACACCUUUUUUUUUCUCACCUUGAUGUGCACACGCACACAUGACAAUACCCGGCUUUCGCCAUGAUCACUUAGUAUGUUUCCCAAGAGGUAUGGAUGGGCGGACAGCAAGGGCUGGUAUGCUUGUACAACACAUACAGGACACGGACUACGUUUUUUUCUUCUCAUACUGCCGUCUUUUAAUCCCGAGGUCAGCAACGUGGCAUGCGCGGAGUCUAUUGGUCACGGCACCCAUUGUUUUCGGUAAUGCUUCGCACGAUAUUGCGCUUCACACCCCACCCCGCGUAUGGGUAUUUUGUUGUUGUUGUUUUUUCUUCUCCCGCGAGAUAAGGGAAGCUAUUACGCAUGCGUAGUUUUCGACGAUAGUUUGAUGGUAGGGUAUGGAUGGGCGGUACGGAAGGACGGACUAACGGACAAACGAAACUACGUAGCAAGCUAGUGUAGUGUGGUAUAGCUCACUCACAGUCAGACAGACAGACAGACAGACAAAUAAACAAAUAAUGCGAG